UGCACGGGGAGCGCACUAUCUAGCGAAGCACUGCAGGUGUGACAGCUGUUGUGCGGUGAUGAUGUAAUGUUGCUACGGAUGGCGGUGUGUGCCAGGCUCUGCGGAGUGGGUCAGUCGCGGCGGUGCAGGAGGCGACAGAGGCACAGCCAGGCGGAUCAAGAGAGCGACUCUGAGAUGGACAUGGACGAGGAGAAGGAGGAGGAGAGGGUCGUGGGCAAAAUGAAAGACGACCCUGAUGGCAGCAGCUGUCACAAGACCUGCGGUGCGGGGCCUAGUGGAGCUGGUGCUAGUGGGGUCACUGAACUCGGAUGCAGAAACUCGCCCUGUGCGGGGCCACCCCGUCCGCAGACACUGCUGGAUUUACCACCUGAGCUCUUAGUUGAGAUCUUCGCUUCUUUACCCGGCACGGCGCUGCCGAAUCUGGCGCUGGUGUGCAAGAAAUUCAGGCAGAUCCUGAACACGGAAACAGUCUGGAGAAGAAGAUGUACAGAGGAAUUUGGUAUGAAAGAUGACCUACGCAAGAUGGAGAUUGUGGGCAUAUCAAGCCGAGAGCUAUAUGUCAAACGUGUGAACCCGCAGGUGAAGUCGGGACGCUUUAUGAAGCUCCUUCCUGAUUAUGAGCAUAUGGACUAUCGGGACGUGUACACACACUUGCUAUAUCCAUAUAGACACAUCCUUGGUCUUUGGCAGCCUGAUAUAGGACCCUAUGGAGGACUACUGAAUGUGGUGGUUGAUGGGCUAUUCAUUAUAGGCUGGAUGUAUUUACCUCCCCAUGAUCCCCGUGUGGAGGACCCCAUGCGUAGACGGCCUCUAUUCCGCAUUCAUAUGUGGGAGAAAAAUAAAGCUGCAGUAGAAUGUAUGUACGGCCAUAAGGGCGCUCAUAAAGGAGACAUUCAGACUGUGAAAAAGGAUGAAUUUUCCACCAAAUGCAACCAGACAGAUCACCAUCGUAUGCCUGGAGGAAGGCAAGAGGAGUUCAGAACAUGGUUGGAGGAGGAAUGGGGAAGAACGUUAGAGGACAUUUUCCAUGAACACAUGCAGGAGUUGAUCCUCAUGAAGUUUAUUUACACCAGCCAAUAUGAUAAUUGCCUAACAUAUCGGCGGAUAUAUAUGCCCCCGUGCCUCCCUUCAGACCUCAUGCAGCCGGGCCUCUUUAAAGGGACGUAUGGCAGCCAUGGCCUGGAGAUUAUUAUGCUGAGCUUCCAUGGCUCCAAGGCUAAAGCCACCAAACUUACUGGGGAUCCCAAUGUCCCAGCAGGUCAAUUGACAUUAGAAAUUGACCUGAACCAUCCUGUGCGUCUACCUGACCUGGAGCAGCAAAGGAACAUGGAGGAACUGUCUCGUCUGGUGCUAGGGGUGCAUGAAGAGGCCCAGAGGGGUUUGCAGGGCCAGGACACACCAUCAGAGGGUGCAGAAGCUGGCCCUGCUCAGGGGGCUGAGGGCUCCGAUGUAGCUCCCCCUGCUGGAGCAGAGGAUGUUGAGCCUAGAGCUGGUGCCUGCAGUGCCCCACCUGAACUGCAACCUUUUGUACUGCCUCUGGGAGUCAUGGCCCGCAAUGAAGUGUACCCCCGCACCUGUAAGAUGUGUUUUUAUGGGACAGGCCUGAUUGCUGGCCACGGCUUUACAAGUCCAGAGCGUACGCCGGGUCUUUUCGUUGUGUUUGAUGAUGACCAUUUUGGCUUCAUCUGGCUGGAGCUCAAGUCCUUCAGUCUCUAUAGCCGACUGACAGACCAACUAUCCCACGCUCAGGCUCCCAGCAUGGAUCACUUCGAGGCCAUGCUCCGCAACAUGCAGUCCUGGACAUCCUGAUAGCAACCUCACUACUGUACUCCACUGUUUUCAUCAGGCUCAUAAUACUAUGGUAUUCAGAUUACGUUCUUUAAGAUACCCCACACACAAUCAUCAGGGACCUCCCUGUUGAUGCACACACACACGCACACACACACACACACAUUAGAAAUGGGUAUUUUAUUCAUUUUGUGUACUUGAGUACUCGAUAGAUUAACAAAGUGGCAUCUCUCUGCUUUUUAUUCAGAUUACAGUAAUUAUCUUAAACUUAAAAGUUAAACUUUUUAAUGAGGGAAAGGUUAUUGAGUUCAUAAUAUUGUAUGACCAUAUAUUUUAAUUUAUUGCCAUUAUCUUUUUUUUUAAUACAUAAUGUUUUUGACGCCUUUUCGUAUAAUUUCAAAUUCAGUAAAAGUAUUCUCAGGCAUGAUCAUGAUCGAUCCUUAUUUUCACUUCAUUUCCGAGUACUGGUGCCCAUCCCACACACACACACACACACACACACACACACACACACACACACACUCCUGCUUGCAUUAGCACUGGUAUAUUUACAGUGGCAUGCCCAUACAUGUUGUAUUAUAUUAAGCCUUACCAGCUUUUUAAUACAUUUAUUUUUUUAACCUGAAAAUGGUGAUGAGGAUGUCGUAAAAGUUAACCCUCUGAAUCAUUACCGAGCAGUGUUUUGUCCCCAAAAUGGCUUUGAGGUACUGCCAAAUCUGUCUACAGCAGGGUUGUGUGCCAUUUAGAAUUGAAGAAUAAGGAAUUUAGAAUUCCUUAAUUUGAAUUUAAAUUGAAUUUGAGUUAAGGUAGCAAACAGGAUGCAGAAUUGAAAUUUUAGUUUCAGUAGAAUUAAAAUGGAAUGAAAUCCAUAAAACUACUGUGUGUACUUUUAUAUUACAUAUUUCAUGAUAUUAUUAGCCAAUGUCUGAGAUGCCAUCUAUAUACAUUUUUAUUUAUAUACAUACAUUAUUUCAUUAUAUUUAAUAUAUUAACUUUUGUUUUAUCAGGGAUGUCCCAUUAUUGGUAUCGGAAUCGGGUCCUAUCCCACGAUCAUGUACUUGAACUCGUGCCCGUAAAAAUGCUCUGAUACCAAGAACCGAUACCAUCUGACAUAUGCCAUUACAUAAACAUCCAGUGCACAAAUUAAAAUCACGUUAUGUCCUAGUGAGAUUAUUUAACCUCAAAAUCUGUGAUUUAAUGAGAUAAAUAUAUAGUUUAUAUGGGCUUCAAAUGUGAGUUUGUGAAUAUGUGAAGCCGGUGUUGUGCUGACAUAGACACAAAUUGCUCAUACCUUUUAGAGAUCCUUGACUCAUACACGGAAAACACCAUCAUGAGCAUCACACGCUCUGUUUAUAACAGAUGACAGUAAACAUAGUGCAAAGUCACUUUUUAGCAAAUACAGACUACAUAUUUAUUUAAUUAAAUAGCAGCCUUUUGCAGUUUAAUAAUCACUUUGAGUGACAUAGCGACCAUCUUUUCCAAAGUGGGAAACGUCAGAGCUCCGUGGUCACACAAACACACAAAACACUUCAAAAUAAAAGCUCUGCCAAAAUAAAAGCUCAGUUUAUUUAAGGGAAAAAAGAAAAACAUUAAUAGAUCACUACUGUAUAGUUGUGUAAUAUUCACUGUAAUACUAAAAAUAAUCGUAAUAAUAAUUAUAUAUCAAUAAUAACUAUUAUAUUCAGGAAUGUGCCGAUACUAUCGGAAUCCGGUCCGACACUGCGCUAAUGUACUGUUACUCAUACUCGUAAAAAUUAUUUGAUACCAAAACCGAUACCAUCAGACAUACGAAUGUCAUCACAAACAGAGUACAUACUUAUUUACUUAAAUAGCAGCCUUUGCCGUUUAAUAAUCACUGAGUCACAUAGCAGCGGACUUCUUCGCUGGCUUCUUCUUUUUCUGUGAAAAAGCCGGUUUCUGCGUGACCGGCUUUUCCGGUGUGGGAAGCUCGUCAUAACAUUAGAGCAGAGAUCUUCUAAACUGAGAUUUAAAAACAUCCACAUUUUUACCACAGGAUAGAGCGUAACGGUCAACUAGCGUGUUACGGCAGUAAGUCACAGUUUGCGGAUACCAUACAAAUGAAUGGGCGGAGCCUUAAACCUGUCGUAACAAAACAGUAAUUUUAUUGUAGCCAAUGCCACACAUAUUUCACUGAAAAAGGAUUGUUUGAUGCAAUAUAUGUUGAAGAUUAGCAGACAGGUGGUCAAUUUAUUAAAUGAUGAGCCGUUUCCUCACAAAAGCAGUUUAUUCAGUGUAAUGAAGCAUCGCCGCCAUGACAUCAUUAAAAAUACCUCUUCUCUCCUUGCCAGUGUACCACCCAUAGAAUGUUUAUGGGACUGCUAUUUUAGGCUAAGCUUUGAGGCUCCCCAUAUAGAAGGCUUCUGGUCAGAGCUACUUGGUCAUAACAACACAGAAACACUUCAAAAUAAAAGCUCAAUUUAAAUAAAAUAAGUAUGACAGAUAUGUAACAUUCACUGUUAUACUACUACUACUACUACAACUAAUAAUAAUAACAAAUCAAUAGUAAUUGUAUUAUAUUUAAGCAGUAUCUAACAUCUGUGAUGCUUUGUAGUGCAGCACUUUAUUUGAUCAAAUAUAACUUCAAUGUAUUUUAGAUUGUGCUGUGAGGCUCUGAAUACAGUAUCAUGGUGAAAAUGAAUAGUUAAACUUUCAUUUGAUUAAAGUUUUAAUGAUUUUAUUUAAACACCAUUUUGAUGAUAACAUUUUAAUAAACUGUUGAUAUGCAGUUCAGAAAAAGAAAAAAAAAAAAACGUAGCAGACUGUAUCGGCAAGUACCCAAAACAAAACAAACAAAAAAAGGAUUGGUACUCGUUCUCGGUCUCAAAAAAAUGGUAUCGGUGCAUCCCUAAUUAUAUUUAAGCAAUAUCUCAAAUCUGUGAUUCUCUGAUAUGCAGCACUUUAUUUGAAAAUAUAAAUACAAAUUUGUAAAAAAUAGUAUCCGGACAUCCCUAUAUUUGAUGGACUAUGAUGGAAGAACACUUCAUUUAUCCCAAUAUCUUAAAAAUGGAACCAAACAACAUGAAACAGGCUUACAAGAUGAAGACCUUUUCAGACAACCUAGGAAAUUAUCUGUUCUUGGCCAUUUUGUUGUUCUGUUGGACUAAUGAAAUUCAUGUUGUGUGAUUGUUGAAUUUCUUCGAGUUGCAAUUCAAAGUCCAAUUCAACAAAAUGGGGCCAUGGCCAAUUCAAUUCAAAUUCCAAUGCAGGAUCUAAAACUGAGCCCAUUCUUAAAUUCUGAAUGUUGCCCAACCCUGUGCUGCAGUAGCUUUUAAUCGAUGUUAUUCAAUAAAUUGUUUCUUCUGAACAUAUUUUGUUAAAUACAGACUGUGCUUUCCCAACAUUAUGGCAUGGAAGUGCUCUUCAUUUUUUUGUAAUGUUGUCACUGAAACAGUCUUCGUCGCAUUUGACGUUGCCCUGUAGUGGACUUCAAAAAGUUAACAUUCACACUGAUAGCGAUUAAAUACGGAUGCCAAAUCACUGUCAAGGAGUUCCUACUUGACUUCCGUGUUCGGCUGUAUCAGGAGGUGGAUCACGAGAGCUUCGCUGUCUUCAAUCCCAUUGGUAGUCGUUGUGCAUUUGCAUUGCUGUUGGGCACGCUAAUAUUCAGGUUCAUGCUAAUAUUUAGAAUGAUUUGGAUUUACCAAUUAUUUUAUCCAUUCUCACCAAAACAUGAUAUGGCUUCAUUUUCAUUUUUUUUGUCAUAACAUUUUACAAACAUAACAUUACAAUUUUCACAUGAUAGUUAUUCUGGCCAUCUAGCUGUGCAGCUCUCUUCCAAGUGCUCUUCCCUGCGCAGUGUAGACAUUCAUCAGAGGCAAAAUUCCUCUGACUAUACUUUUGUAUUUCACUGCAGGAUUGAAAAAUGAAAAAAAAAGAAGAAGAAAAAAAAGAGCAAACUCAACCAGUAAUGUAAAGUAAAUGUAUACCGUAUGUACAUGCAUUAAAAGAUAUUUAAACAUUUAUCAAUAAA